AUGACCAACUUGAAAUCAUUUGUCCUUUCUGCGCUCGGCGUAGCCAGCACCCUUGCAGCCACAGAGCAACCGUUCUCAGGCAUCAACGCCGUCCUCAAGCCCGCAGAGAAUGACGCCUGCGAUAUUGAAACCGACGGCAAAAUCACGAUCCGCAACUUCUGCAAAUACCCUGUACAUGUUGGCAACAAGCCUACAUACAGGGCUGAAGAUGAGGGUGAAGGCGACGAAGCGGCUAAAACCAUCAAGCCAGGCGAGUCAUACUCACGCAAGGUCAAGCCUAUGAAGGACAAGACCAACAAGAUGUGGCUUGUACCUGGCAAGACAUCUGUUCAUGAAUAUGAUGUUAUUCGUGUAGAAUAUUGGCAUCUAUCUUACGAGAAGGGUAUGGGCGCUGCGGCGAGUUUGAUCUCCGAGUCCAAGACCAAGGGCAAGCGUUGGGAUGUCGCCAACGGCGGCCGCGUCGCAUUGGAGUGCAAGGAAGACGAGAACUAG